CGGAGCUCCGCAGGUCUUCCGCUGGCGUCUUCUGAGCGCGAACACGGCGGAGUGUCAGUAGUUAGUUUACUCUGUAUUCAGUGUUUCUUACUGACUUUAAUCAGGUUUUUUAUUGUCCUAAUAACUUCUUCUGCCAGCGCACUGUGUGUAUAUGAAGACUGUAGGUGAAUCUGAAAUGAAUGCACACAUGUUCCAAGUCUCCUGCUUAUGGUGUUGGAUUUCCAAAUUUAACAUCACAAAUAAACCCAGAGGAUCACAGGAUUUUACCAAAAUUUCAAUCUACUGAAAGAGGGGAAGAACAUGGCACCCAGAAAAACCUCCAAUUCUCAGCUAAAAUCCUCUCCAAGACCUCACAGACAAAUAAAGAAAAAUACACCCAAGAUUAAAACUCACCAAUGCUCAGACUGUGGGAAGAUGUAUACUAGAGGGAGUAAUCUCAACCGACAUCGGCUCCUUCACACUGGAGAGGAACUCUUUUUCUGUCCAGACUGUGGAAGGAGUUUUAAUAAUCCGUUUAAUCUCACCAUACACCAGCGCAUUCACACUGGAAUAAAACCAUAUCAGUGCUCAGACUGCGGAAAGAGUUUCACUCAAUCUGGUCAACUCAAAACACACCAGCGGAUUCACACAGGAGAGAAACCGUAUCACUGCCCAGACUGUAAAAAGAGCUUUAAUCAACAGAGUCAUCUUCUUCAUCAUCAGCGCGUUCACACAGCAGAGAAACCGUAUCACUGCUCAGACUGUGGGAAGAGUUUUAUUUUUAAGAGAACUCUCCAACGACACAAACGCAUUCACACUGGAGCAAAAGCCUAUUACUGCUCCGAGUGUGGAGCGAGUUUUACUAGAAGUGGCAGUCUCAAAAUACACAAAAGCAUUCACACUGGAGAGAAACCGUAUCACUGCUCGGAGUGUAAUAAGAGCUUUAAUCAAAAAAGUAAUCUAAAGACACACGAACGCAUUCACACAAGAGAGAAACCGCAUUGCUUUUCAGACGGUGGGAAGAAUUUUGCUAAAGGGAGUAAUCUAAACACACCCCAUCGUGUUCACACUGGAAUAAAACUGUAUCAGUGCUCAGACGGUGGGAAGAGUUUUGUUCAACAGAGUGAUCUCAAAACUCACCAGCGAAUUCACACAGGAGAGAAACCGUAUCAGUGUCCAGAGUGUGGGAAGAGUUUUAAUCAACAGAUUAGUCUCCAAACACACAAAUGCAUUCACACAGGAAAGAAAACGCAUUGCUGUUCAGACUAUGGAAGGAGUUUUACUAGAAGUACCGGUCUCAAAAGACACAAAUGCAUUCACACAGGAGAGAAACCGUAUCACUGCUCAGACUGUGGGAGGAGUUUUAAUCUUCUGAAUACUCUCCAACAGCACCAGCGCAUUCACACUGGAGAGAAACCGUAUCACUGCUCAGACUGUGGGAAGAGCUUUGGUCAACCGAGUCAUCUUAAUCAGCAUCGGCGCAUUCACACUGGAGAGAAGCCGUAUCACUGCUCAGUGUGUAAGAAGAAUUUUACUCAAGCGAGUGGUCUUAUUCAACACCAGCGCAUUCACACUGGAGAGAAACCGUAUCACUGCUCAGACUGUGGGAAGAGCUUUAAUCACCCGAGUCAUCUUAAUCAGCAUCGGCGCAUUCACACAGGAGAGAAGCCGUAUCACUGCUCAGAUUGUGAGACGAGCUUCAGGUACUGUAAAACACUAGUGUCACACAAGUGCAUAAAGAGCCAAAGUAAUGAAUGAAUGGAUUCACACAGGGCUAGAUUGGUUUGAAUAGAUGUUGUCCCUUAAAAAAUAAAAUUAUAAUUUAAAGACUGAUUUGUUUUUAAUAUUUAAUAGCAGGCCUGGAAAUUCCGUGGAAUGGCCCUUAUGCAAUCAUUAUAUGAGGUAUUAACAUUUCAGGGUUUUAUAUAUAUAUAUAUAUAUAUAUGCAUUUUUGAUGUUUAAUCAAAGCUUUAUCAAUAAAAAAACGUCAUAAAAAACUGAGUCUGUUUGCUCAUCAGGUCACGUUAAGAAAACAAUUACAACUUUAUGUAUGUUGUUUAUUACGAUGUCAUGAAAAGCGCAAGAAUUUAUGGAUAGAUAAGUGUCUGUAUUUCUAAAUAAAUGUUCCAGCACUACAACUAAUGUUAGUCAACAGCUAAGACUUUUUAUGCUGUAUGUUUUGUGUUAAUAUGUUAUUAAUCUGAAGAGUUUA